AUGUGUGUUCCGAGCCCGGAGCACACACUCCGCACUCUCAGCACUAACCGCCGGGGAGAAGGGGAAGCACCGCCUCCUGCACCCUCUACUUAUACCCCGCGCCGCACUCGCCCCGCCCCCGCGCGUCUGACGCCAGGGCCACUACGCGAGCGUCAGCGCCGGAGGCGGCUCGCGGGCGGUUCUCGGGGGUGUUGGCUGAGGCGGCCCCGCCUUCCGCCCCGCCCGCCCCCGCCUCCACCAGGAGGAGCGUUAACCCGUCACCGCGGCGGUGGGCGGUGCAAGGAGCUUCCGGGUUCCUCGGCGCUAACCACCCCCCACGUGCGCGGCCGCCUGUGGCCUCUUCCCGCCGCGGCCGGCCCGGCUUCUCUAGCCCCAGCUCCGAGGGACGCCGGGCACGGGAGACCUAAGUGGCCUAGGCUGGUCUCAAACUCCUGGCCUCAAGUGAUCCUUCUACCUCAGCCUCUCAAAAUUCUGGGAUUACAGCAUGAUUGGUGUCCUAACCAUGGAGUGGGCCUGCCUGUUGAGCCAUUUUGCUGUGAAGAGAUGUGGCAUACAUGGAAUGUGCAUGUGUCUGUCUGCCUUCACUUUCAAGCAUGUUCUGUGUACCAGGCCCCAUACAAAGUGCUUUAGUGAUCUCUUUUCUUACAAAAUCCUGUCUCGCCUCUGAUGAUCUUAUGAAAAACACUGCUUUGUUCUUCAAGUUAUAAGAAAACAAACCAUGGAAAGUAACUGACUUUCAUUAAAAACUGAUGAAUGCUUGGGCCAAAUCUCCUAAUUACAGAGAUCAAAGGAGACUAAUAAAUUUUAACUCGAAGUUCUUUUUUUCUUCAAAAGAAUAGCCUUCAGUGAAAACAAGUACUUCCUAACCCAAUAAAGAAAUCUGCAACAAUCU